AUGGAUAUUGAUAAGCACGUAAAUGAAAUUGAAUGUGAAGGAAGAAAUGACAUACCACAAAAAAAGAUAAAUAUCGCUAAAGCACCAACUGAUUCUCAGCAAAAAUUAAAACUUUAUGCACUAUUCAAGUCACCUCUUCUAAAAAAUCCAUCGAAUAAAAAAAGCCAAAAACCAUUAUACGAAAAUCAGCCAACUAAUCAAAAUAUUAACCCGCAUCAAGACCAAAGUAACCUUCAAAUUCAAUCGCAAACACAAAACCAUUCUAACGUUUAA